CUUGUAUAUCUGAGGGACGGAGCAUAUGGGAUCGGUCAGUAGCAAAAUUUUUUGAGCCUCUUUUUUCCACCAAAUUACAUCAUGGGUAAAGUUCACGGUUCGUUGGCCCGUGCCGGUAAGGUCAAGUCGCAGUGCCCCAAGGUUGCUAAGCAAGAAAAGAAAAAGCCUUUGACUGGUCGUGCUAAGAAGAGACAAACUUACAACCGCCGCUUCGUCAAUGUCACCACUUCUUUCGGUGGCAAGCGCAGAAUGAACCCUGCUCCCACCCAGGGCCCUUAAACGAAUCUUUUUGACUACGCCUCUCUCGCAAUACAUCAAACAAGAACGUUGACAAUUUCACUGUAAAUGAUGAAUAAAUCGUUAAUUUUGAAAUGGCCUCGACAACACUUUCUGUUGGUACCACAAUGGGAUAUAGAGUUAUUACUGUGUAAAGAAGCAGUGGUAGCUGUAGUAGGAAGGUGGAUGAAGCAGAUGUGUGUAUGCGUGUAUAUGCUCUACCCGGUGACGUAGUAGGAAUGAAACCUUAAUAUAUACUGCGUAUGUAUGCAC